UUGUUGUGAAAAAAGAAUGAUAGGUUUGGAAGAGUGGGCCCACCCAUCUGGCUCUCGCUUCGCUAGCUAUCAACCCGAAUUCCUCCUUCCAAUAAAAUCCAAGAAUUUCUGAGAGGAAGAACAGAGAGGUUUUAGAGCUUUCAAAUUAUGGGAAUCAAAGGCGUCUCCUCGGCGCCCGGUGAUUUCAUCUACUUCAAAUCUCAGGUCCCUCUUCACCGGAUUCCUAUUGGCACCAAACAAUGGCGAUACUAUGAUUUUGGUCCGAAAGUCGUACCGCCUCUUAUCUGUCUUCCUGGAAUAGCGGGGACGGCGGAUGUCUAUUACAAACAAAUUAUGUUUUUGUCAAUGAAGGGUUAUCGGAUCAUUUCUGUUGAUAUUCCACGUGUAUGGAAUCAUCAAGAGUGGAUUCAAGCAUUUGAAAAGUUCUUGGAUGCUAUAGAUGUUCAUCAUAUACAUCUCUAUGGCACUUCACUCGGGGGCUUUCUAGCACAACUUUUCGCUCAACAUCGGCCAAGACGUGUUAAAUCUUUGAUAUUAUCUAAUUCGUUUAUCGAGACUAAAAGUUUUUCUGCAGCAAUGCCAUGGGCUCCAAUUGUUAGUUGGGCCCCAUCUUUUUUGCUGAAAAGGUAUGUCUUAACAGGAAUUCGUGAUGGUCCGCAUGAACCUUUUAUCGCCGAUUCUGUAGACUUUGUUGUUUCUCAGGUGGAAAUGCUUUCUAGAGAAGAUUUGGCUUCAAGGCUGACCCUAACAGUUGAUGAUGCCUCAAUUGGACCUCUUCUUCUUCCAGAUUCGUCUAUUACCAUAAUGGAUACAAAUGACUAUUGUGCGGUUCCACUGCAACUCAAAGAUCAACUGAAUGAAAGAUAUUCUGAAGCCAGAAGAGCAUACUUGAAAACAGGGGGCGAUUUCCCAUUUCUUUCACGCCCUGAUGAAGUAAACUUGCAUCUUCAGCUGCACUUGAGACGUGUUGGGGUAGAAGCACGGCCAGAUUUGGUUCAGGUUGUCCCAAAAGCAGAUAGUGAUAGUGGUCCUAGUGAAAAGAAGGAUGAAAGAGGUGGUGAUGAUGAUACACACGAGGAUGACAAUGAACGCAAUGGAAGUUCACCUUCCGAAAACCAAACACCUCCAGCCCCAGAGAGUUCUGAAUCUCAUAGUAUAGAGGAUCGUCUACUUGACAAUGCUGAAGCUUGUUAUUUGGCUAAUGAGAUGCUUUUAUCUACUCACGGAGAAAAUAAAGUGCUCGUGGCAGUAUUACUACUACAUUACAUUCAGAUGAUUUAUGUAGGUUGUUUGAUGCCAGGCAUAAAGGAUGCUGGUUCAAGUCACCUGUUGUCAUUCAUACCGAACUGGUAGGAGUAGUAGACUGGUAUGUGCACAUAGUCUUGGGUAUCAACGUUUUCUGGUGCUCAAUGUCAUCACGUGGUUUGUUUGUUUCACGCUGCCUCUAAAUUCAUUUGAUUUUUUUUUUUCCUUCACAUUUGUGAACCUUAUUUGCUGUAAAUUUUAAUUCCCAUGUCCUUUAUUUCACUAUUGCUGAAAUAUUGUAGCUCUUGGAUAACCGGCAGUCAUCAAAACAACAUAUUAGAAGUGUUCGUCGAUGAAGUGUA